AUGUCUCAGACUCAGCGUCCUGUUCUACUUAACCGUGAACCCUCCGUUGAGGUCGACGAGCAGUACAUCGAAAGCAACGCGAUGAUGGGGUUUGAUGAACAUGGCGACGAUGGUACUCCAGAACAAUUUCGUCAAUCCAACGCUCCGAGCUUUAUGCACCUCAUAAGAGGUCUUAUUGAUCAAGACAAAUCUGCCCGCCACUCUAACGGAUCUCAACACUCUUCGAACUCACCGCUGAGAAGACCUCGCCCCCAACAAGUCCCCGGUCGAAGGCGUCGACUACCUGACUAUGCUCUUCCCUCACGCCCCCAGGCGGACCAUCUGAUGUUCGUCUACCGCCAGCUGGCCGCAACUCUUUAUCCUUUUGUCGAUUUAGAACAGGUUCAAACACUGUAUCGGCGACUAUGGACAGGAGAAGAUCUUGGGGAUGAUGGCCUCACUUUUCUCUGCAUGAUCAAUGUUAUAUUCGGCAUAGCAUGUAAUCUUGAUUCUUCGACAGCGCCAAACGAAAGGGUGUCGACCGCGAAAGUAUUCUACAAUCGUGCCCAAGAUCUUCUGCAAUUCGAUAUUGUCGAACAACGUUCAAUCCUCUCUGUGCAGUGCUUUCUAUUGUUAGGACAGUAUUUACAAAGCACAAACAACCCUCAACAGUGUUGGAUUUAUGUAGGAUUCGCCAUUCGGGUUGCUCAGAGCUUAAGGCUCGAUAUCCCUUCGACAAGUUCAAAAGAGCCCCCUCUUCAAAGAGAAGUACUGCGCAGGCUCUGGUAUGGCUGUGUUCUCUUGGACCAGACUUUGUCCAUGACAUUUGGAAGGUCUGCAAUGAUCACACCCCAGGCUUCGAUCACAAUUCCUCUCCCAUUGCCACACCCUGACGGAAUACAAUGUCAAUGCCAUAUGACUCAUCUUCCCAGUUCUUCCACGGCAGACUUUCAUUUCUUUAUCGAAACUCUGAGGUUAUAUCGCCUCAUGAACGAGACACUUAUCACCCUCUACACUUCGGAUAUUACUGAGGGUGACGGUGAAAACCUGAAUGUUGUCUAUUUCGGUUCGCUUGGGGCCCAGGCAGUUGGCAGCCUCCUAGAACUCGACCACAAAUUGUCUUGCUGGUGCCAAAGUUUACCGAUUUAUUUACGCCUCCGGCCAAAUGAUACUCAAGCGGAUCCUAGUGAGCGUCAUCGUAUUGUUCUUCACAUCAGGUACACCCAUGUCAAGAUCCUCCUUUUCAGACCAAUCUUGGCGAGAUAUUGCUCCGCGAAAGCGCUUCGGACGGCAGAUCCCACGUCCAUAACAGACUCUUUACCUGACAAGAUUGCGCUUCAAUUUUCCGUGGCUUGUAUUAGGGCGGCACUCAAUGCGAUCAAUUGCUUUGAUCAAACACUAUCGGGGAAAGACAUAGGCAACGUUGACGAUCUUCUUCCAGCCUGGUGGUACAGUAUCUACUAUGUCUACACAGCCGCAACAGUGUUGGUUGCAGCUAGACUGAGCCCUUCCAUUCUAGCAGAAAUCACUGAACAAGCUGUCUCGGACGCGUGGGAUAAAGCGAUUAAUAUUUUGAGCCGGUAUCAGGCAUUUACCAAUCUGGCGAGACGCUGUGCAACAGCACUAAGCUUGCUCUCGAACCAGGUUUUGCAGCAGGAAAAAAAGUCGGAUUCCAGGCAAACUCUGGGCAUAGAUGGUCUUCUGCCGUAUACAUUGGCAGGUCAAAGGCCACAACCCGUUUUCCAGACGGGCACCGAAUCUCAAGUGGCAAUCCAUACUGAUGCUUGGGCACCCAUUGGGAUGGAAUUUAUGACGAGAUCUGGUUCCCUAGAGUCUGAUCUUGACGUCGAGAAUCUAGUUCGUCAUAUGAACACGUCCGGCAUCCAGUUUGAUAUCUUUGGAGAUAUGUCAUGGUUGACGGAUAUGCCUUCGCAGCUUUAUUAG